AUGGUGAAAAAAUUGCAUUUUGAUGUAGAUAAGGAGGAGGAAAUAGAACCUUAUGAAGAUGACAAUGAUGAUGAUUUAUAUAAUUGCAAAAAUUCUUAUGAUUAUGAACUAUAUGAUCACUCUAAAGUCUUGAAACAAAGUAAUAAUCAACAAUCUCAUACAAAUCAACAAAGUCUCCCAACUAAACCAACAAAUUUUCAACCCAAUGAAAAACUUUUAAGAAGAUUUGAAGAUAGAAUUAAUGUUGAUAAAUAUGAAGGUCCUCCUGUGCUGCGCAGUACCAUUAACUCUAUUUUAGAGAAUAAAAGGCAUUCAGAUUCUGAAAAAGUUAGGAUUAAGGAUAAAGCGUUUCGUGCAACUGUCGAACAGGUUUUAGAUCCACGAACACGAAUUAUUUUAUUUAAAUUAUUGAAUCGUGGUGUUAUUGAACAAAUAAAUGGAUGUAUCAGUACUGGCAAAGAAGCAAAUGUUUAUCAUGCUACAUCUAAAGAUGGAAUUGACAAAGCAAUAAAGAUAUAUAAGACUUCUAUAUUAGUAUUUAAAGAUCGAGACAAAUAUGUGAAUGGAGAAUUUCGAUUUCGGCAUGGAUAUUGUCGUCACAAUCCAAGAAAAAUGGUAAAAACGUGGGCAGAGAAAGAAAUGAGAAAUCUUACUAGAAUCCAUCGAUGUGGAUUGCCUUGUCCUGAACCCAUUCUAUUAAGAAGUCAUGUUUUAAUAAUGAAAUUUAUUGGAAAGGAUGGAUGGCCUGCUCCUUUAUUAAAAGAUGUUGAAAUUACAGAAUCUAAAGCUAGAGAACUAUAUUUAGACUGUAUCAUAAUGAUGCGUAGACUUUACAUUGAUUGCAAAUUAGUUCACGCCGAUCUGAGUGAUUACAAUCUUUUAUAUCAUGAAGGAAAAGCAUAUAUUAUAGAUGUAUCGCAGUCUGUUGAGCACGAUCAUCCAUUUGCAUUAGAGUUUUUACGAAAUGAUUGUCAAAAUAUUAGUGGUUAUUUUAGAAGAAAAGGAGUACCCACAAUGACUAUCAAGGAACUCUUUGACUUCAUCACUGAUCCAAACAUCAAUAACAGUAAUAUAGAUGAUUACCUGUCAAAAAUGCAAGAAGUUACUUGUAAUAGAACAGCAAAAGAGAUGAGUGAAAAGGAGAAACUUGAAGAAGAAGUAUUCAAACAAGCUUACAUUCCACAGAGAUUAAAUCAAGUGAUUAAUUAUGAAAGGGAUGUUUCUCAAGCAAAAGAAGGAGAAAAGGUUUUAUAUCACACAAUAACUGGUUUAAAGCCCGAUCUUUCUGGAGCAUCAGAACAACCAGAAAUACUGAACACAUCUGCCAAUAAAGAGCAGCAGACUUCAGAUGAUAAUUCCAUCGGAGAUAAAUGCUCGGAUAACGAGAAGGGUUCGAAAUUCUCGAACAGUGCGAGACCUAGAGACGAAUCACCAAAUAGCAAAAAGGAAAGAAAGAAAGCAGUGAAAGAUGCACAACGAGAAAAGCGUAAACACAAAAUGCCAAAGCAUGUGAAGAAGCGUCUGGAGAAGGUUGGAAAAAAUAAAAGGAAUUAAUUUAUUGUGUUGCAAGUUCAGUAGAGAGAAUGUAUGUCAAUGUAUAAUAAACAGGUUAUUGGUCUCUAUAGAUAUAAGUUGUAUCUAUUUGCCAUUUGUAUUUCUAUAAAUAUAAGUGAUUAAAUAAAUGUGCAGUUAUGUGGUUAUUAUUUUAUCUAUUAA